AAUCCCUUCACUGCUUCAACUUUCUCCUCUUCCACGACGUUUCUUCGAAUCGUGUGAUCUGCCACAACGCCCAGUCUCAUCUACGUGUAUUGACCCAAGACUCACCUCUUACAACCCAACAACAGUGAUCACUUGCAUCACACUUUCGCGAAAUGAUAGCAAAAUACGUUAUCCAGGGUCAAGCUCAAGCUCAAUGCGAGGCUGUCGUAGGGGUCCAGCCUGUCAGCGUGUCACUUUUGAUCUUUUUCAGUGGAAUAAUCUUUGUUCAAUUUGGUGUAUUCUGCAUCGCACGCGCUGAUAGAGUACCAAGGACUGUGAUCAUCUCAGCUGUUACAAUCACCAUGAUUCAUAUUGGUCAGGUUUUCUUAGAGUUCUGGACAUUACAUCAAUCAACCAAUCAAUGUAUUUCUGGGGAAGCUUAUUCAUUCUCAUUGUAUGAGUCUUUUCAGACUUUUUUCACUCUUUCAGUCACCUGGGCUGUUCAAUGCCACUUUUCCCGACUGAUUGGUAAACUCAUGGGUCGACCGAAAUGGUGGAUCUGUUUAGCUGGAUCUCUAUGCUUAUCAUCAUUAGUAGGAGGAAUAGCUUCAUCUCUGCAAUUCAUGAUGCUCAAUCCAGAUAACAAAGCAAAAAAAUUAGCUCCUUUAAAGCUUGGAUCAUGUCUUACAGGAUUUUAUACACUCUGGUUAAUUAGUAAUGCUGUUUAUGAUAUUAUAAUCAGUUGGAUGUUGUCAACCGAGGUACUUAGGCAUAGGGCCGAGAUGAAGACGGACUCCAUUAGAUCAACCUUAUUCAGAUUGAUGAUGUUAACGUUAAGGACCUUCACCUUAUCCUCUAUUCUGGGUCUGAUGUCAGCUGCCGCAAUUAUAGCAUUACAAUUUACCCCUACAACAGCUUUCCAGUCUCUGAACCGGUUACACACCCUAGUGUUUGUCUCGAAUGGCUUCAUGAAUAGGAUCUACUUGAUAUCAUUUUUUUCUAGUAUCGUACCCAAACCACCAACAUUAUAUUCAGAUUCUUGUGUAGCAUCAUUAAACAUAAUCAAUAAUUCAAAAGAGAAUAUGAUCAAUAAUAUUAAUCAUGAUAUUCAUUCGAAUUCAAAUCAUGAAGAAAGAACUACAAGCCAAGCUAUGACUUAUACCGUUGAUAUUCGUACUACUGAAGAUUGAUUUUAUCAAUUACUUGUCAUCUCUCUCAAGAAAUCAUCCAUUCUUUUAGAAUUGAUGUUCUUUUGUGAAUAUUUUCAUGAUUUUAUUUUGUCAAGAUAAUAAGAAUUACCUUUUUAAGCAGCUUAUGUGUAUAUCUAAUCUUGUUUGAUACAUUAAAGUGACUUCUGUUCGAAUGUAAGUAGAUAACACCAAAAUGAUGCAUUCCUUUCAACAUUGAUUUUCUGUGUUGAUACUUUUUGCAACUACACUCUUGUGUUAAGAAUUAACUUGUAAUUAAGUAUUGAUAUCUUAUUUUAUUGUUAAAAUUGACCUUCAUGAAUUAAAAUCGACAACAUCCUAUCUAAAACAU